GCCCUCAGUGAUGACAGUACAUUUCCAACAAAGGCAGUUGUGCUGCUCAGUGGUUGUUCUUACUGUUCUGUGCUUUGGGGACACACACACAUUCAGACCAGUAUGACGCUACUGUGGAAGAUCUUAUUGGGAAUCAUUCUCAUUGGGCGACUUGGUCAAGGUCAAGACCUAUUAGAGGAAUCUUUAGAGCAAAUAGCAGUGGAUGAAGGGGCUGAGGAGGAAGGAGGGGAGGUUGAAGAGCCUGAGGGUCCAGGGGCAGAUGUCACUCAACCUGAUGAUAGACAGCCAUGUUCCAUGUGGAUGGGAGGCGUUCCUGGUACACCUGGGCACAGUGGAAAACCUGGGAGAGAUGGCAGAGAUGGGCGUGAUGGACCGAGAGGCGAGAAAGGAGAUAAAGGUGAAGCAGGUGAGAAAGGAGAUCCUGGACAGAAGGGGGAUGUCGGUCCUGCUGGGCUGAGAGGCUUUCCUGGGAACCCAGGUCUGAAAGGAGCCCGUGGGGACAGUGCCUUGUCUUACCAUUCAGCCUUUAGCGUAGGUCUCAGUGAACUUGUUCCCGCCACCAACGUUCCAAUCCGCUUCAACAAGUUCUUCUACAACGACCAGCACCAUUAUGAUGAUGUUUCUGGAAAGUUCCGCUGCAUUCUACCAGGGGUGUACUUCUUCACUUAUCAUCUAACCGUCUACACUAAAGAUGCUAAAGUCAGUCUCUACAUGAAUGACAAGGCUAUCAUGUUCACCUAUGACCAGUACCAGGAAACCAAUGUGGAUCAGGCAUCAGGUUCUGUUAUCUUGCGUUUGGAGGCAGGAGAUGAGGUAUGGCUGCAGGUCUAUGGAGAUGAGGGGUUUGGGGGAGUGUAUGCAGAUAACACCAACGACUCCACCUUUUCCGGUUUCCUCCUGUAUCCUGCAAUUCCUGAUCCUGCACAGAGACGUUGACAAUAUCUUAAAUCAGGGAUGUCAAGCUUAGUUCAUGGAGGCCCACAACCCUGCAGAGUUUAGUUCAACCCUAAUUAAAUCUACACUCUAAAAAUAAAUGCUGGGUUAUUUCAACCCAAAUUUGGGUCAUAUAUGGACAAACCUAACCUACAUUUUAAUUAAAAAAUGUAACUCAGCGGCUGGAUUUGUCCAUAUUUGACCCAAAUUUGGGUUGAAACAACCCUGCAUUUUUUAGAGUGUACGUUUAAUUAGGGUCGAAGCUAAACUCUGCAGGGUUGUGGCCCUCCAUGAACUAAGUUUGAACUAAGUUUGUGUGUUGAAACAGGGUUGGGACUAAACUCUGUAGGACUGUGGUCUUCCAGGAACUGAGUUUAACACCCAUGUCCUAAAUUAAUUAAUUUGGCUAUAUUUAGCAAGAGGAGAUGUGCUUCUGUUUUGCACCAAGCUACAGUUAUGAAGUUCAGCACAGUUUUGCAUGAAAUUUGAAAUCAAUUUGUAUUGAUGUGUUUCAAACGUAAUGAAUCUGCUUUUUUUCUGGAGUGUGAUAAUGAUGUGAAUGUUACAGUGUCUCUGCUUUUCCAUAAUAACUGAGUGCUAAAUGACUCAAAAUUAUUGAUGAGUUGCAGCAAAAUUGUUGAUGAGUUGCAGAGUUUAUAGAGGCUCUGGGUAACUCUCAUAAAAUCAAAGUAAAAAAGUAUCAUUACCAGACCAAGUGGAUAUGUUUUGAAAGGUUUCAUAAACUUUCUUGAUUGUAAUUUAGCACUAAGCAUUCAGCUGUAUCUUGGAUCUUGAUUUCAAGUAUUAUACUGAUACUUUCAUUAUGUUUAGCUGUUCUUAGGUAAUUUAUAUAUUCAUUUAGUAUGCCAAUAAUAGAGCAUAGUCUACAGUGUUAUUCGUUAUACACAUUGGACUUUAAACUCGUAAUUCAAAUGAAAUAUAACAACUUUUAUCAUAUCUUCUGGAAUCUUCUAUGUUCUCUCUAGAAUACUUGACUCUGUUUUAUCAAACGUGCCACUCAGCAGUCAGAUAAGUCAUCAUUUCCAUUGGCUGUAUGCAAAAUCACCCCGUAUUAUCGCUUACUUUUUCACACAUUACUCUACUAAUAUAGUUGACUGAAUAAGUGAAUCAAAAUAAGUGAAUAAAUUCAAAGAGGAAUUCUGUCAGUCCAGUGCAGUGCAUGGGUAUUCCCUAGCCCUUUGAUGCACAAGCUAUGAAAACCCCUUCUAAUGUGCAACAUGGGUCAAAAAUGACCCAUAUUCAUUUCCUAUGUAAUUUCAAUCAUAGUUGAG